AUGUCUUGCACAACUCGUAGAUUUAUUGACGAAAAGGAAAAGUUAGAAUAUAGCAGAGGCUACAACUAAUAAGAAUUAGAAGCCUCUAAAUUAAGAAAGGACUUUGUUAAAAAGUAUAUUGUUGAUUUCGAUACUACAUUAUACAAGACCCAAGUCGAAAGAGAUUGGGCUUAUAUUGCUAAGAGAGAAUAUCGUUAUGAAGUUUAAUUGAAGAGUAUUGGUUACGGUGGAGCCCUUGCUAACGCUGUUCUUUUAUGGAGAAUCUAUGCUAAUAAAAAGAUGGUCUUCUGGCCUAUCCCCAUCGUUGGUGCCCUUGGUUACCUUUACUUCCAACCUGUCUUCUUCCAAAAGUCUAACAAAAGAUUCUUCGAUAUGUGCAAUGUUGGUGAAGAAUACUACCUUGGUAGAGAAAGAAAUAAAAUUCUUCGUGAAUGCAACAAGAUCCUUAAUGUAGAAGAUUUCUGA